CAUAUUGAAUUUAUUCAUUAGUAAGACAGUCAACAUAAAAAGAUAUCGUCAUUGCCACUUAUCAACAAAACGAAAAGCAAAUAAAAAAGAUUAAUAAUCUCAAUUCAUCAUAUUCAUCAUGAGUGAUCAUCAAAGUUCGUCAGGUAUUGAUUCUGAUAAAUCAUAUAAAGAAAAAUUGCGGGACAAGCUUGCAAGAAAAUUACGACAAAGAAAAUGUUUAACGAAAGAUUUUUCAGAAUCUAAUACAAUAGCCUCACAAAAUGUAAAUGAUUAUAAGGAGAACAUCGGUGCGACAAUGCGAGAUUUGCAGUUUAAUGUUGGACGUGUUUGCUUUUCAUUAACUGGUAUAUUACGUUACUGGAAUGAACGCGCAAAUCGAACAAGCGAUCAAGAUGAACGAAUUAAAAUACUGGCCGUACGAAAUUUCGACGUAAUUGGAAAAAUUAAUGCAAUGGUUGUUGAGCGUCGUGACGAAUUCGGACCAAUUCAACCCGGAACGUCAUCAAGAAAUAAUGACUCGGUUUUAAAUCUCUCUGCGAGUGAGAAUGGUUCGAGUGGAUCGUCAAAUUCUAGAAGUUCACAUACAGCAUCAUCUACAAGUGAUAUUUUAUCUCCCAAAAUGGACAAAUUCCCCGGAAAAUGUACGGACCCAGAAAUUCUUUUGAAAUAUUUAUGUGAACAGGUCACGCGCGUGACUUCAUGCGUUACCUAUUUUCUACUCGAAUGUAAGGUGGAAGAUAAGGACAUAUUACAGAAUAUGGAAGAAAAAAUAUGUUACAUGCUCGAAGACCUAAGCAAACUUGUCGGAUUGGCAAAUCGUAAAUGCGUCUGAUGAAUUUGUCGUUUUUUGAAUUGUUUUUCAUCGAUACUCACUUACUUCACUUCGAAAUAUUACUUUAAUUUUGAAUAAGCAAUUUUUUUUUACCUUUUAGUAUUACUUAAAAAAAUGUUCCUUAAAAAAAGAUUGUAUGUUCACCUAAGAGUUAUUUAAUAUUUUUCUUAUAGAUUUUUUUGUUAAAUACGCUCAGGAAUAAAUGUUAAUUGAUAAAAUACAAAGAAAAAAAAUUAUAACAUAAUAAAUAUGGAGAAAUGUUCACAAUGAAGGUCAAAUAUUUUAUUUGUACUAGUCAAAAAUAUAAUAAACAAAUGUUUUAAGCACAA